AUGGAACUUAUUGCGCGCGCCGCAAGAUCGGCUGUAGCCGUCCCAAACUUGGCAGAUGAAAUCUUGCAAAAUGCAAUAAAUUCAUUUCGCACGGCUCUCACACCAGAGCAGCUUGCCGAGUUCAAUAGUAUUCAAUCCGUACCUGAUACAGACGCGGUUUUGGUUUUCACAGCUGAGCUCGAUCUUCGACGACAAAGCCAAAAAGGCAAGAGUAUCGCCAGCCGUCUGUUUCCUGUCCUUCAGGCGGUGCAUAGUUUCAUUGGCGUCAUCGAUACCUAUGUGUCAUCAAAUCCUACUAUUGCAGCGCUAGUUUGGGGAAGUGUGAAGAUUACAAUUCAGAUCAUGCUAAACGCUGCAUCUUAUUAUGAGGCGUUUGCUGAAUUGUUCAUGAAUCUUGGCACCGUCUGCCCCAGGUUUGACCAAUACCAAGCCCUGUUCCCGACAUCUACACGCUUACAGGAAGCCCUGUGCAAUUUCAACGCAUCUAUCAUCCGGUGCUGCCAACGCGUUAUUCAAAUGCCCAAGGGUUCGAGCGGUUGGACGUCACCACUGAACCCUCUCAACCCAACAUUCUGGCAGUCGUUCCAGCAGUCCUUCGAACCUAACCUGAAAGAGCUACGUGACAACAGCAAGAAUGUCGAAAAGGAGAUCAGACUCGCUCAGGCUGAGUCCGAUCAUCGCAAUAGAGAGCUUCAAAAGCUAGAGAAUGGUGAAGCAGAAAAGUCCAGGCGCUCUAUGGGUCAUUUUAUGUCUCGCACGGAGACCCGGUUCGACAAAAUGCAUCAGUCACAGCUUGCUAGAGACGUGGAAAUGGAAAGAGAGAGGAGACAAAGGCUUCUAGAUUCCUUGUCUACUCAUGACUAUAUGAAACCGCUAAAGCAGGCUCGCCAGAAGCGAUAUCCACAAUCGGCAGGUUGGAUUUUUGGAACACAUGAAUUCAAGAGAUGGGCUGCAGCGGAAACGUCUCCUUUACUUUGGUGUUCUGGAAAAAUGGGAUCAGGAAAGACAAUUCUAGCGGCGAGCGUAAUCGACUUCCUCUUGACCGAGAGAUCCCAGCAUAAGCGUACUGUGACGUUUUUCUUCUCGCGGUUUGAUGACCCAGAGUCACUGAGAGCUGAAGUUAUUCUCCGAGCAGUUGCCAGGCAAAUGGUUAAUGUUGAAGAUAUCUCGAGUGACACGAAAGUGGCCUUGGAAGAAACCCAAAACGCUAAUGGAGACGUCUUGAAAAGGGUCACUCAGCUCCUUGGAUUUCUGCUUACCCAAAAACGACAACCGACAUGGAUAGUCAUCGAUGGCAUAGAUGAAUGGCCUCGGGAUGAGCGUCAUGAGCUUAUCGAGGCACUGUCGUCAAUAUUGGCGGCAGGCUCUGCGAUUAAGCUGUUUGCUACCAGUCGAGAUUAUCCCGAUUCUAUCACUCAAAAAGCUUUUCCUAGCUUGCAUCGGAUGUCGAUGAAUUGCUCAGAGGCUCAGCGAGGUAUGGCACAGCUUGUUGAUCAGGCUGUGCAGAAAUGCCUCGAUGCUGAAGAACUACUGGUAAAAGACAAGGAACUCAUUGCCGACAUCAAGAAGACAUUGACUCAAAAUGCUGAUGGAAUGAUUCUGUGGGUUACUCUUGUCCUGAGGGACCUCUGCGUUCAGCCGAAUAACGAAAAGAUACGAGAUGCGAUUUCCCUGAAGAAUCUACCAAAAAGCCUAGCAGACGUUUUCAAUCGGGCUCUGGUACGGAUCAUCUCUGAGGGAAAGGAGGAGACCAUUCAAGCAAUCCUUCCUUGGAUAGUGGCGGCAAAACAACCACUCUCACUUUCCCAACUCCAAGAAUGUUGUCUGAUCCGCGUGCUUCAAAAGUACUCUAUCGAAGACCGAUACUUGAACGGCAUUCAUCUGAUUGACUGCUGGUUUCAAGGGCUCGUCGAGGUCGAUUAUGAGACCAAAACGGUUCAUUUUAUCCAUUCCUCAGUUCAAAAGUUCUUUCUUACGGCGCCGAUCAAGUCAGCCUUUAAUGAUUUCUAUAUUAAUAUGGACGAAGCUGAUCGAUAUAUUGGAGAAAUUGUUGUUACUUACCUGAACUUCAAUGAUUUCAAGAAUACCUUAACUCGACAACGUCAAGCUCUACCACCAAUCUCCCCAGAAGAAAUCUGUCAGCAGGCCCUCAGUAAUGAGUUCGGCUGGCGCAACUUCCUACUUCGUGGUCGCGGGGCACGGACUGCUGAUAUCGACGGGACUAUUGCUGCGUGUACGCCAGCAUCUGGUAUAGCUUUUCAUGAGACAAUGGUUUUCCACCAUCCGUUUCUUUCGUAUGCUACGGCACAUUGGCUUUCACACUCUGCUAAAUUCGACCAUCAGCAAUGCCUCGUAUGGCAUCUUUGGACAAGUAUGGUCAUCAACGGGCAUUUAUUGGCUGCAUCGCCCGUUUCCGAAGAACACCACCAAGCUAUCGACGAAGUCCUUAUCAACUGGGCGAUGUCUACUGAACACUCUGCCCUCUUGCAUAUUGUGAUCACCUUCAAAACACUUUUUGCGCAAUUCCGAACGGCGAUGUUUGAGUAUGCUAUUGACAAGAAGGACGUCGAACUGUUAUCGCAUAUGCUCGAAACAGAUAUAGAGGGCUCUGAACUUAGCGGGUGGUGUUGUAGAGCGGCGCACUGUGGUCAUGUUGAGAUUAUGAAGGUGUUUGUCAACGCAGGCGUGGACCUCGACGGCGGCAAUGGUCGUCCCGAGAAGCGUCCUCUCAUGGAAGCUAUCAAGGCAGGACAGUUUGAAACCAUGGAAUACCUCCUCGGAGAAGGCAUAAACCCCGACCUACCGACUCGUUCCUACCGGAAUGCACUUGAACAAGCAGUAGAUCUUGGUGGUUACAAGGGGGUUCAGGCUUGCGAGAUACUGAUCAGGGCAGGAACUCACAUAGAUGAUACCGAAUUAUCAGGAUAUAGUAUGACCGCCCUGCAAAGAGCUUGCAGAACAUCUCAAGAAGAAGUUACAAAUCUUCUCCUGAGGGCGGGCGCAAAUCCCGAUACAAGCCAUAUCCCACCUUUUGGAUCGGGUGUUACACCUCUGGGACUUAGCAUUCAAAACAGAGACAUCAAAAUCAUCAACCUGUUACUUGCAUCAGGCGCCGAUGUCAACCGACGGCCGUCAGGAGGCUUCACGCCCCUUAGAACAGCUUGCUCCCUUAUGCAUCCAAGGUUGGACAUCGUUGAGCUUCUCAUCAACGCAGGAGCGGAUAUGAAUGAAGAGCAAAGCUUUGAACUUUUGAAGAUGGCAGUGAGGAGAAAAUGUGGCGAUUUGGUAAAACUACUAAUAAGGGAGGGGGCCACCGUGAAGAGAUAUGUAGGCAGAGUUGAUGAUACUCCCUUGGCGAUAGCUGCGAGAGAGGGUCUCUUCGAGAUUAUGCAUAUCCUACUAGAUGGCGGUGUUCAAGUGGUAUAUUCUCAGCCCAUCUUGGAAUUGAUACCUCGGGAACUCCAGAACGGCGAGGAGUACAAAAGAAUUUCUAAGAGGUUGUGCGAGAGUAGUCGCUAA